AUGCCCGGACAGGUCGUAUGGACGGACCAGUUUUCUACCCUACUCACCUUUGAGGAGAGGAGAAUCAUAGAUGAUGAAAGGUGAGUAGACAACGUUGUUUAUUUUGUAGAUAGUGUUCAAUCAGUCAAGAAAAACAAUGAUUGACUAAUUCAAUAACAUUAGGUUAAAUAUACUGAGGGGUUUGGUUCAAAGACCAAUGCACUUGUGCACCUCACCACCUUGAACAACUGUGUGCUACAUUAUAAUGCCAGUGUAAUUAGGUAUGAUAUGGUUAUGACAAAUAUACUACACACAGUAAAUAUAAUUUAAUUUAGAAAGACUCAAUUUUUUUUAGCCACAGGGUAGAAGGUCUCACUUUUUGCAUCCUGUUAUCAUGUCUACUUUUUUUUUUGGCCUUUUAUCCCUUUUUGCUUCAGGCUAGAAUGUCUAAUUUUGUUGCCAUCAGAUUAGAAAGUCGCAUCCUCUAUCUCAAUUUAGACAAUUCAAAAACUACAACAUUGCAACAUUUGCAACAAUAUCAUCACCAAAUUAUAAAAAUAAUAAGAAGAAAUAAGACAUGCCCCCCACCUCCAAAAAAACCUAACAUCUUAAAAUAAAAAUAAUCUCCCACUCGUAACAAACGGGAAAUACUAUCUCAAAAUGAAACCCUGAUCCCACGAAGAAGCGAAACGAAAUUGAAUUCAUUCUGUAAGACAUAUAAAUAAGUUACGGUAGAAAAACUAUACAGUCGUUAUAAGAAAUGAACCUCAUUAAUCAGUCCAAUAUCACUAUGUUCUAUUGUCUAGACUCAGUGUUGAAAGACCGUACACACGAGACUGGAAUCUCCACAUACGAGAAGUCCGUUACAGCGAUCAAGGGAUCUACAACUGUCAAAUCAACACCAGCCCCAUCAUGAUAAAAACAAUCAACUUAAUAGUCCAAGGUGAGUGGUAAGAGUUGGUAAACUUAACAUAGGCAAUCUAGAAGAUAUUAUAUGUGUGGGGGAUGUUUGUGUGUGUAAAAACAUAGGCAAUCUGGUAGAGCUUACCUGUGUGGGGGAUGUUUGUGUGUAGAAAAAGUGUCUUUAAAAAGCGGUCUAAACUGAGACAACCCGAAGCUAGUGGAAUCCCCAGAAAACGCUUAAACAAGCAAACACAUCACCAGCACCCCGGAUGAAUGGGACUCUUUAACCUUGGAUGACAACUCAUCUUAGAGAAGGCGAAAUCUGAAAGCAAACCCAGAGAUGGACUGUCUAUGCAAUGUGACAUUGACGCAAUGAAACUUAAGACGACUCCUGCGACGUACACCUCAUAAAGAGCAGAGUGAAACACGCACACACUGCUGGUCAUCUACUGCAUCCUGGCGUAGUUCCAGUCGCCUUGACCUAAGUCUUUUAUGGGCUCAAAUAGACAAGGGCGAGAGGGUGAGGCCGACGAAUUGAGCAUCUCUCCGUCACUUUAAACACAAUACAGCUCAAGUCGAGGCUGCUCAAGCCGUAGAUGUCCUUCAAAGGACGAACAACAAAGGCACAAAUAAAACAUUCAAUGUCAUUUUAAAACUGACGAUUUGUAAACGUGCUUAAUAUGUCACAUAAUUUAUGUUACUAAGAUCAACAUGAUACGUUGUUAUUUACAUGGAAACUGUCAAAGAAAACCACCGCUAACAACCUUCACCUUGGUAAAGUGAUUUUUCUGUAUUUUUUUUUAUUAAAGGAGACAGCAUAACUUGUUAACUUGAAUUUUUUUUUCUUUUUUGGAGAAAUUAUUGGACAAAGAAUUACAAUACCCCAUUCGAAAAUUCCAUUAUGCAGCAUUUCAAUUACGACCUGUUACUUCGUAUCGGGCUAUUUAUGCAAACAUCACUGCACACAUUAUAGAUCCUAAUUAGUUUUUAAAAAAAAUUAAUAUUCUGACUUGUCUUUAAUUCAAUAUAUAUAAAAAAUAAUACAUUUGUUUUUUUUUUUAUUAAUGUAUUUGUAAUUUGCAUCGUGUCCUUUGUCUCAAGUCACGUGUUGUCUCGUUACAACCAGGUGUUUAUUGUUAGGUCACUACGAGACACUUCUCACGGGCUAGUUACGUCCACUCAUUUAUGUGACCCAUUGUUUGGGGGGCGGGAGGUAUUGGAUGUCUUGACCUAUGGUCGCACUCUCGACCUAUUCAUUGGUAAAAAAAAACAUGUGGUCAGUUUUAACAACUUUCCCGACUCAUUUACAAAUUGGACACGUUCCCACUUCCCCCCCCCCCGCUGAUGUCACCUUCCAGUCAAGCCGGUGGCCAAGAACAAAAGUCCAAGUGGCGGUCUUGUUGGGCUCUAUCGACCACAUGACCAUUCCACGUGACCACGUGACCACUUCAUGGGGCCGCUUGACCACUCCAUGGGACCGCACAGCUGUUUCCAGGAAUCUAAUUUGUAGAGCGCUUUACGCAUCUUGUGCCAAUACGUCACUUACAAUUUCACUUUACCAAGACCCCCCCCACCCAACCCCCUCCUCCCCAGGGUACUUAAACCCACGAGCGUGUGCUUCUUAGGUGCCUGGAGGUCGGACCUCGCAUGGUGAAAGUUAAGCCGUUGUUUGACAAUAUGGAGUAUAGAGAUUAGCAGUGUUACUUUCUUAGAUGUGUGUAUCGUCCAGGCAAUGGGUGUUUUCUGGGUAGUCUGUAGGGUGGUCUCACUUGAACGCAUGGUACAUCCGGUAGACUUUUGAAGCCAGCUCUAUGAAAUAAACUACAAAAUAUACCACUACGCUCAGGUCUGGGGGUACUUAAGCUUUGGGGCGCCUAUGGACAACCCGGCCCCCGAUAACACCGUGAAUUUGCUAAUUUUCGAGGUCAGUAAAAAAUGGACCUACUUGGCAUUGAGAGUAAUGCGUAGGAGUAUGAGCCAAUGACGUCAGUGAAUAAAUAAGAAUAAAUAACUGGCAUUAAAAUGCAUGACGUCAUUCGCCAAUGUCUCUAUCUUCCAGGGGAAUGACCGACUUUAAUUUUUUCAAAUCUGUGAUAGUGAUAUGAGACUCGUUUUAAACGGAUUCUAACAAAAACUGUGAAGGUAUAAAAAAUGUGGACAUCACACGAAUACUUUACAUGAUUGAAACUGGAAUGGGCUGAACGUUACCAGCUAAGACCAGCUCUGACCGCCAUCUUUCCCGUGCAGUCUCUGACCGCCAUCUUUGACUUACGUCUCUGACCACCAUCUUUUCCUUACGUCUCUGACCGCAUCUUUGCCUUGCGUCUCUGGCCAUCUUUGCCUUGCUUCUCUGACGGCCAUCUUUGCCUUACGUCUCUGACCGUCAUCUUUGCCUUACGUCUCUGACCGCCACCCUUGCCUUGCGUCUCUGACGGCCUGCUUUGCCUUGCGUCUCUGACGGCCAUCUUUGCCUUAUAGUGAGAAUUAAAUAAAGUCGUGUUCCUUAAUUAUAGCUGCUAUCCCCAAGGGUGCAGUGUCGAGGGCUGGAACUAUUGGGAGUAUCGCAUUAUCAUACUGUGUAGUAAAAGGAAGUAACCGGGUUCCUUAGUUAACAAGUUUAGUGAUAGUUUACGGGCUCGCUCUACAUGCACGGCCACAUACUCACAGUGAAGGCGGCAUAUCAGCUAGUCUAAAAUGUGGUAUUAAUAGUUUGUUGUUAGGUCACUCAAUACUUUGUUUACAACCUGCAUACUUAAAUAUGUCAUUUUCAUCCGUCAUUAUCCGGGUAAUUUUGGUCUACAUCUUUUAUUUACUUUUUGCUAACUUCUACUUAAGAACCUCCUUUGACUCUACAACACAAAUAGAUAAAUGCACAUUUUUGUCUUUUGUAGAUUCAACAUCUUUCUGUUAACUGAUAUCCCAUCAAGGUGUUAUUUUUAGUAAAGGUCAGAUGCAAAAUGUAUUUAAGAAAAAAUUUUUUUUUUUACCAAGAUGACCAGUUCACUUUCAUUUCUCACUCUAAAGAAGAAGCGAACAGUCUGUCAUUAUAUAUCAAUCUGUUAAACAACAUAUUGAAUGUAUGGUUAAAUGUAUGUUGAUAUGUCGUGUACUUGAUAGAAAGGAAACAUCGUAGAGCCCCUAGUUGAAUAGUGUUUUGGUAAACAGAACUGAGGUGAUAUACAUGAACUGGCUGGCAGUGCUUGCUUCGUAUAUCACAGUGGAGCUACAUCACUUCAUUCCUAGUUUUCCCACUCAAGAUUUUAUUAAAAUACAGUGUAAUGAUUUUUUUUCUUUCUUUAAUACUUGUUAAUAAUAUUUAAUUUUAUGAUCAAUAUUUCUCAUCGCAAUUCAUCUCAUUUCUGGAAAAAAACAACAACCGAGCUCAAAAGUGUUUGCAUGGAACUGUGUACUUGACAGUUCCAGUGACGUGGUGUUUGGUUGUUAUAGGCAUACGCAUCUACCAGCAGGCCAGGUGUCGGCUCCUGGGCCGUAGUUUGUCGACCACUGGUAUAGAAUACAGAACACCUGUUGGAAUGACUGGUAUUUGUAUGCCAUGAGUCAUGGUCAGGUGUUCGACACACCAUACAACAUACAUAAAACCUAUGGGGUGUAUCAUUCUUAGAAUACAUGAAUGUGAUACACUGUAGAUGAUAAUCAUACUAUUAUGUUUCAAAAUGUAUUCUCUGAAUAUGAAACAAGAAGCAUGGGAUUCAUUUUAAAGUAAUUUGAUCAAGUUGGACUGAAUAAAUUUAUAUGUUUUUUGAUCAGGCUUUUAUCAUUAUACUAGCCAAAAUACCCGCCUUUUCUGGAGUUCGUAUUCGGAAAAAAAAUAUAUAUCAUAAAGCGUUGACACCUAUUCAAAAACACUUGGCUAAAGUAACCAUUAAAAUUUUAAUUUUUUCAUAUAAAAGGCCAGAUUUAUAGUAAUUCCUGUAAAAAAUAGAAUUUUGGGCCCAUCCUGUUUCAGUUAAUAUUCCUCAAACCGGAGUGCCUACCAUUGUACAGUUGUAAUGUAGGUUGGCUGAAAGGUAUUGUGACUGAUUUGGGACUAAAUCAAACACCUUAUAAUAUACUAUAUAAAGUUGAUAAAUAGAAAUAACCAAAAGAAAAAACCUAACCUCUAGGUACCCCCCCCCCCAAAGUACCAAUUAUGCAUACCCCAAUGAACUGCAUGAUAAUUAUAAUGUACUAUUUUUUUAAAAGCAGGUAAAAUUAAACUUUAUUUAAAAUGUCUGCAGCAAGCAAAAGCGCACUGAAAAUGUUUCUUUAAUGGAUGUUUGAAAGCGAACCAUUCUGAAUAAAGGCUUGUUGUUAAAUUAGGACACCCAAAACUAACUGAACUUUAACAACCAUGGGAGCCAGUCAGUAUGAGAAUAACAUUGAUUUUUUUUUUCUUAAAACGCUUCACCCAAUAUGUUUGACGAUUUUUUAAAUGGCAGCUUUUGUGAUAAGGGGAUCAUGAGUCAUGACCCAACUUACCAGGUGGAAUGACCAAGUCAAAUUUAAUUGUGAUCCAUUGUUUGCUUUUCUUGUGAUUGAUCAACCCAUCCACAAUGAGAAAACAACAACAAAAACAACAUAGCUUUAUAUAGUAGAUAUACGUUUUCUUUCUCUGUGUCUCUAUCUAUGUCUCUUUGCACAAUCUCUUCUAUAGAUAUGUAUUGCUUCUGGUUUGUCCGGUGUCUUAUUCAAACCCCCCACCCCCCAACUCCCCAUUUUUCGUAUUAAUAGUUGCUGAGUGAAGAAAAAAGGCGGUCACGCAGCGAACUUCAUGAGCUGGUGGGUGGGUGGCUGGGUGGCUGGGUGGCUGGGUGGCUGGCUGGGUUGCUGGGUGGGUGGCUGGCUGGCUGGGUGGUGGACUUACAAAAUUCCGGACGGCUAAUAGACUCACUUCCCGUCAACCUAUCGAGCUAAAACUUGGCACAUAGACUCGUUGCCAAUGAUUACAGAUUCUUUCAAAUCUUCAGCCUCAGCUCACAAAAAUUAGUCUCCUGUUUUUCAACGGGAAUAUAAAAUGAAAUUCCCAAUAAUGACGUUCAAUGAGAUUCUUGAAAAAAAUAUAUAAAAAUAGCGCAAGUGCGUUUGGUGCCUUAUAUUUUCUAUUGUUUUUCUGACAUAGCGAGUGAAAUAAUCUGCUGUGUAAAAGAGGGUGGGAGUUAGAACAUUAGUAUAGUUAAGGGGAUCUAGCAAUAAUUGGGAAUCUUAUAAAGUUCGUUACUUGUAUGCAUGUCUUGUCAAAUUUUCAGCUCCACGCCCUUCGCUCUAUACUACAUUUUAUAAAGGAUUUAUACGAAAAAUCUAUUUUUUUUUAGUGGUUGUUUAAUUAUUGUAACACUUGGACCCACCGUGUAUUUUCUCAAAAUGUCCGGACCCGGUGUUAAAAAAAAAAACAGCCACCGGUUAAGUCCUAUUAUUAAGUAAUGCCUCAAAAUUUUUUUUGUUUUUUUUUUGUUUUUUGAAGCAGAAAACCCCCUUUAAGUCAACGGGGCGCCACUGCUUGCUAGAAAUAAACAACCGUAGAGUCUCCCGUUGAGUAAACUCUUGGCAAGCGGCAUCGAGGUGAAGAGUCUUAUUUCGCGAGCUACCAUUUUGAUGACUUCAUGGAACACCGCUAUCAUUCGCCUGUUAAUCCCCCAGGGGGGAGACCGCGGAUAUUCUGUUUAAGUGACUAACCAGAUCCAUCACAUAGUUAUCGUUCCGCCUACGAGUUACGUCCCUCGUGUCUGCCCUACAGCCAGGGCCAGAAGAUCCCCCGUCACGGGACCCGGUCUUUCCCGCUCUGGGAUCUUGGGAUCGCAGCAGACGUAGGGGGCAAACAUGUUUCUAUUUUAUUUUUUUUUGUUCCUGGCAGAUCUUACUUCAGUAGUUAUGCAUAGAAUUAUUUUUACAGCAUGCUCAACCAGGGACUCGUGGCUGCAAGAGAUGAUCAAUUCGUUGUUACUGACGCAAUCGAUGUUCUUUAAUUAGCAUUACAUUACAGAGGGGUGGAGCUUUGGAAAGGUUGGACUACAUAACAAACAUCUGGUAUUGGUCAUGGCUAAUUAUUACACCCCCCCCUCCCCCAACACACACACAGAACACGCUUUAGUUCGUUCGGAAAUGGGGUCUUAUACCAAUAUGAAAGAAAGCCACAUUCAUGAAUUUGUGAGGGCAACAUUUGUUGGUAAUAUAAUGAAUAUGUAGAGUCAAUUUGGAUUGUUUUCAUAUGAUUAUAAAACAAAUGAAGUAAUUAAAGAAGGAUAUUGAAAACUGUUUCAAAUGCAGCCAAAAACUUGGUGGAAAACAUGAAAAAGGUUGUCUUUUUUUGGCGUGAACCACGGACGGAAUGAUCUUAGCUAUUUCUUAUAUGGAUUAUUUUGCAACUGAUCCGCGCUGUAGAUCUGAUAACUCAUUUGUUUUCGAUUGAAAUUCGAUUGUCUGAGAUCGAAUACGAAACGUCGAAUGAUCUGUUCGACCGUGAAUGAAAUAAUAAUUGUAUAUUUGAUGCGUCUUUAUUGAACUUAAAGACAAGGUAAUUGCGCGAAAUCUUUCGACGCGCUUCUUAAGGCUUAAGUACACGAAGGAAAUAACACAUCAACUACGCGUAAAUAUUUAUGAUUCAUAGAGUGGCCAUUGUGUUUCACGACAAUAGGGUUCAACAGUAAGGCCUGGCGAUCACUGCUAGACACAGCCAAGUUAAGACCCUCUAUGGAUUUACGAUAAUCUCACGUUGCCAUAAAAACAAAUACGCUGAGCGACAAUUCGCUUGUUUUGGAAGUUAUCCAACAAAAAAAUUCUCCAACCCACCCUGUCUAACCCACCCUGUCCAGACCACCCUGUCCAGACCAUCCCGUCCAGACCAUCCCGUCCAGACCAUCUUGCCCAUCCGGUGUUUUAUGAUGGUUGAAAAUUACCGUCUUCUUGUAGUUAUGAUUCAAUUCGCAGAACAAAAAUUGCACAUUAAGGGAUAUGUUUCAUAUAUCUGAGGGCAAAAGAAUUAAGCCCACAUAACACCCUCAAACUAAUCAUCCAUAAAUAGUCUAUCUAGUUAUCUGUUAACGAUAGAGAAAGAUAUACUCUAGAAUAUAAAUUACAUUUAAAACAUUAUUUAGUUUACAAAUUUGUUUAUCGGAAGUUAGGUGACAAAAAGUUUUAGGUUUGAACAGAAGAUGGCAAAUCCAUUUCUUUAAGCGAGAACACCGACUUUGAUUAAAAAAUCAGUUCGUUCAGAGCCGUUCUUAGGAGUUUGGGGGCCCAAAGCAUGGAGCGUAGGUUGGGGGCCCCGGAAGAGGGGGUCGGGGUGUGGAGCUCCCUCGAGCUGAGGAGAAAACACCACCCACCACUGCGGCACCUCCAUUCUGCCUUCAUCAAAGUUUCCUCUUUGCUCGCGUCUAACCACUAACCAUAUUGAUAAUUCCGCCACUAGAGAAAAUGUGCACUUCUGAAAUAUAUGGACACGGGGGCCCCCUCACGUUCGGGGCCCUACGCGGAUGAGUAGUCAGCGUAUGCCUAAGAACGGGCCUGGCUCGUUAGUCUUGAAAAUUCCUACACUAUGCCUAGGACAGUGGUUCUCAAGCCGUUCUCCGCUGAAUAGUGGUGCUCCAUGAAGCCCCUUCAAAAUACGACAUGAAUUGUUUUGUUUACAAAGUCUAAUGUCCAUUUUAGAUGUAGUACAUAUGCUAUUUAAUGUAUUAUAUGAUACUGGUUUGGGACUACUUGUUUUGAACGCUCAACUUUUGCACAUGACUAAUGAAUUAAAGCUAUCUGUGACCAAUGAUUUGACAGUGCUUACACGCGGCACGUCCAUUCUCUUAUGGAUGAAACUCUGAGAUUAGCACACAUGCAAGUGACUGUGAAUGGCUGCCCAUGACAAUGUGCUGCACACGUCAAAUUAUGAUCAUUUAUAAUAUGGACUUAUACCGGACUCAAUUCCUGUUAAAUUGUUAAGUUCAUUCGAAAACACAAGGUAUCAAUACUUUGAUGUCAAUAUUGGUAAUCAUUAAAUAAUUCUUAAUUAUCGGCGUCUUCCGCCGUUAAAAAGGGGGCGCGGUCUAAUGUACAGGAUGGCUGUGAGGCCAGCCGACGUCAUUUUGUCCGUUAUCCGGCCCGCUGUGAAAAAAAAAAGUUUGGUGAACCCUGGUCUAAACGAAGACGAAGAACUGGCGUCACCCUAUCCAGAUCGUGGAUUCAAACUGACGUUUAUUGAAAAUGCCCCUGAAAAAUGUCUGGAUCUCUGUUUAAAGAUGAAUCCCCGUAUCUUGCCACAUAUAAAAGAACUCAACGCAUAAAAUUAUUUUCCUUUGCGAAUCAUACUUUUCAACAACGGUAAAUAUUAAAAGAAAGAAACAAGAGAGAUUAGGCAAAUAAGAUGAAGAGAUGUGAGUGACUUUAUCAUUUGUUGGUACCAGUACUGCUGUCAAUUGCAGAAAUCAUCAAGCUUAUGGAUCGCAUUAAAUUUGAGAAUUUCUUGUUUUGUAUUGCCUGUUUAAUUCAUUUUAAAAUAAAUUUGUUUCAAUCAAUAUCGGUAUUUUGAUCUUUUAUCAAAUUAAAACUUUUAAUCAGGGCCGGACAACACUAAGCUCUGACUUUUUUAUACGCUGGACAUACUUACAGUACAAAAUACUUACAGUACAACAUACUUAUAGUACAACAUACUUACAAUACAACAUAAGCUUUAAGUAGGGGCAACCUCUUUUAAAAAUCAAGGGCGCAAAUAUGUUUAUGAAAUUAACAUAAUACUGUAUUGUAAGUGUUCCACACACACAAAAAAAAAGCAGAGCUUAGUAGUGUUCCUCGAGUUCAAAAAGAAUGAGAACCGCUGGCCAAGGGAGUCGCGCAUCAAGGGACAUUACCUUGUGUCAAGCCCACAAGAAAAGGUGUUUAUCCACAAUCCUAUCAGUGGUAGCUGCCCUUUUCUUCAAGGCCAAUUUCUGCAGAUUUGCUUUGUUUGCCCACCAGACAGUGGCGUCCCCAGGAGGCGGGGGUGUUAUAAACAUUUAAACGACUUACGGAGAAGAAUUUUAUCCAAAAACUUAUUCCAAUAGACAAAGAAAAUAACUACACUCUGUUUUGUUACUUUUCUACCAGGGCCCGGACAUCUGCAUGGAUUGGAAUAUAUUACUUUUUUUAGCACCUUUAACUUAUCAUCCCAAUGCUCUCCUCCUUAGUAAUACUACAGCGUAGGAGGACGUAGGCGUGCCCCACCACCCCCGUCCAUUCGAACCAGUUGCAUUUGGCCUCUAUGCACGGACCUCUAGCUGUGAGAGAUCUGCUUGAACGUCAUCAAGUCGUUUCAUUGAGAAACCUUCAUUCCUAAUCGUUUCAUUGAGAAACCUUCAUUUCAAGUCGUUUCUUUGAGAAACCUUCAUUUCAAGUCGUUUCUUUGAGAAACCUUCAUUUCAAGUCGUUUCUUUGAGAAACCUUCAUUCCAAGUCAUUUCAUUGAGAAACUUUCAUUCCAAGUCGUUUCAUUGAGAAACUUUCAUUCCAAGUCGUUUCUUUGAGAAACCUUCAUUCCCAGUUAUUUCAUUGAGAAACUUUCAUUCCAAGUCAUUUCAUUGAGAAACCUUCAUUCCAAGUCAUUUCAUUGAGAAACUUUCAUUCCAAGUCAUUUCAUUGAGAAACCUUCAUUCCAAGUCGUUUCAUUGAGAAACUUUCAUUCCAAGUCGUUUCUUUGAGAAACCUUCAUUCCAAGUUAUUUCAUUGAGAAACUUUCAUUCCAAGUCGUUUCUUUGAGAAACCUUCAUUCCAAGUUAUUUCAUUGAGAAACUUUCAUUCCAAGUCGUUUCUUUGAGAAACCUUCAUCCCGUCGUGUUCCCUAGAAGAUACUAAUUAAAGGACCGCAUUCAAGAAAGUAAAUGAAAAAUCAAAACAAAGUUUGUGGAAGCUGUGUGUCAUGUCCUUAAAUUUUUCCCUAAAUUUUGUUGUUAGGGGUUAUUUAAUUCAUUACACAUAAAAUGGCCAACAAUAAUGAAAUCGUUUUGUCGGAUGAAACAUUAUAUACAUAUAUAUAAACAUAUGAUCUGACAUUAAGAAAAAAGGCUUGAAUUCCUGUAGGCGGUAUAAUGAUUUGCAUAACAUAAUAAAAAUUGAUUUUGUUAAAAGUAACUUUUGUUUACUCCGUUGAUCUCAUUUUAAAAAACAACGACUGAACACGAUGCACUUAAAAUGUAGAUUUCUAUGUUUGCCUCAGCUUGACCGUGUACACAUUAAUAUUCUCUCGUCAUAUAGCUUUAAGUCCCUUCCUACCGAGUUUCACCCCUUCACAACUAGCAUGACGAUUUCCAUAAUCAGGGCUCCCCAGUCAUGUGAACACGGCCACCAUAAUAGUAAAUAUGUGAAGCAUUUGAUGUCUACAACCAUUUCUGAUUUGAUGUCUAUGUUUCAGUUCUAUUUAAAAGCUUUCAUUUAAUGGUUUAAGCACAACACGGGGACAAAAUAAGGUUAUAGUUUUUGCAAAUUUUUUUUUAACAAUCCAAGGAAAUAUAUUUUGAGCAAUUCCCUUGUACUCAAUUUCCAUUUUAGAGUCUUUGGGUAUUGGUUAAAAAAUAUUCUUUCCUCAUGGGACUACUACAUAACAUUUAUCUAUACCAAUAUUAAUGUAUCUGUCUGUAUUUCAAUUCAUUCUAAAUUUCGCAUUGCUAGUGUUCUGAGAACCGAUGAUGGGAAACUCUUCUAUAAACUAUUUUAAUUUAUAAAAAAAUGUUGGGGCCAAGACAACAGCUAAAUAUGUGGAAUUGAAGGGAUUAUUUGUUCCUAGUUGAUCUGACGUGCAACUGGUAUGACGCACAACUGAUGUGACGUGCAAGUGAUGUGGCGUACAAUUGAUAUGACGCACAACUGAUAUGACGUACCACUGAUAUGACGCAAAACUGAUGUGACAUACAACUGAUAUAACGUACAUUCUGAUAUGACGUACAGCUGAUAAGAGGUACAACUGAUGUGAAGUACAACUGAUAUGACGUACAACCGAUAUGAGGUCCAUCCGAUAUGACGCACAACUGAUGUGACGAAAUCAGAAAAUAAUUUUUUGUUCAGAUUUCAAAAAUAAUAUAAAAACUAACUAAAAAAAAACCCAAUACUCAGAUUGAUCAUUUAGAGAGCAGGAGAAAAUCCUGGACGUUUUUAAGUGGAUACUUGUGUUCAGCUUUCUUUCAUUAAUAACAACGAGAAAAUCAACAUUCACAAGCGAACUUUACAUGAAACACAAUUAGUUUACUCGGCAAUCUCUUUAAAUAUCUAUUGUAACGCUCACACAUCAUGUCUGAUAGAGAGACCUGUUGUAACGCGCACACAUCAUGUCUGAUAGAGAGACCUGUUGUAACGCUCACACAUCAUGUCUGAUAGAGAGACCUGUUGUAACGCUCACACAUCAUGUCUGAUAGAGACCUGUUGUAACGCUCACACAUCAUGUCUGAUAGAGAGACCUGUUGUAACGCUCACACCUCAUGUCUGAUAGAGACCUGUUGUAACGCUCACACAUCAUGUCUGAUAGAGAGACCUGUUGUAACGCUCACACAUCAUGUCUGAUAGAGACCUGUUGUAACGCUCACACCUCAUGUCUGAUAGAGACCUGUUGUAACGCUCACACAUCAUGUCUGAUAGAGAGACCUGUUGUAACGCUCACACAUCAUGUCUGAUAGAGAGACCUGUUGUAACGCUCACACAUCAUGUCUGAUAGAGAGACCUGUUGUGACGCUCACACAUCAUAUCUGAUAGAGAGACCUGUUGUGACGCUCACACAUCAUGUCUGAUAGAGACCUAUUGUAACGCUCACACAUCAUGCCUGAUAGAGACCUGUUUUAACGCUCACACCUCAUGUCUGAUAGAGAGACCUGUUGUAACACUCACACAUCAUGUCUGAUAGAGACCUGUUUUAACGCUCACACAUCAUGUCUGAUAGAGACCUGUUUUAACGCUCACACCUCAUGUCUGAUAGAGACCUGUUGUAACGCUCACACAUCAUGUCUGAUAGAGAGACCUGUUGUAACGCUCACACAUCAUGCCUGAUAGAGAUCUGUUGUCGCGGUUCAUGAAAUCUGUUUUUAGAUUCAACUCUAUUGAAUAAACACUUGGUUUAUUUUAGAAUUCAUGUGGCAAGCAAGGUUUUUGGUUUUGCUAAAAAAACAAACAAACAAAAAAAACACUCCCGUCUCUAACACAGAGAGCUUCCGGUUUCAAACAUUCUCGCGGUUUCUUGUUUUGUUUGGUCUGCUUAAGAAGGCAUCUUGCCGAUGAGUCCUUUUAAUUGUCCUGUCUUUAUUUCUAGUGCUAACAAUAUCUUGUAAUUCAAUACUAAAUUAGUAUAUACUAAUAAUUAACAUAUAUAGCCUUGUCUCUUAUCGUGUAAUUUUGUUGUACUGAAGUCUUACAGAGUGCGCUCUUUUGAAGCGAUAGCGCCAAAAUUAUGGAACAGUGUGCCUCAAUCUUUGAGGGAAAUUGUUAAUGAGAAAAAAUCAUUUAAGAAACAAUUUAAAACUUUUUUGUUUAAAUAGAUUUCGGAGGACCAGAGCGCAGUGAGCAGUGAGCACUGAGCAUGGUAAAAUGGCAUGGAUACCGGCGCGAUAUAAACAUCAAAUCAAUCAUUCAAUCAAUCAAAUCAAAUGUUAUCCAUUGUCUGAUCUGUGUCCAAAUUUAGUAAGUUCAAAAUGCGUGACAAGAUUAAGAAUCAGGCCAAAGUCCAACUUUCUCGAGCAAGGACAAAGGUUGUUGCAGAUGACAUAACUGGGAUCAUAUUCAAUAGAAUAAACGCGUGUCAUAUAAUAUAUCUAGGAACGUGUCUGUUAAAUUUUCCUCGUUUAAGUAUAAAAUAUUUAAUUAUAUCCUAUUAGGGUUAUAUUUAUCACAAUAUCUGUAAAUAAAUAUAUUGUGGGACACUGAUAUAUAUUUUAACAAGUUAUUAAUGCUAAAUUUAAUUAAAUUCAACACCUUCCAAUUCCAAGGUAUUAUACCAUCUAAAAACUAAAAGAGAUUGAGCUGUGAAAUAAAGACGACAAAGGGUGGUCUCCCGGACAUUGACAUAAUUAAUCUGAAGAUUUGACAUAAAGAUGUUGCAUUCCGUGAAAAUCUUGACUCGAUCUAUGGUAAUAAAAGUGAAAAUGGGGUGACAAUGACUGGCGUGACCACGAAUGACGUGACCAUGAAUGAAGUGACCAUGAAUGAAGUGACCAUGAAUGAAGUGAUCAUGAAUGAAGUGACCAUGAAUGACGUGACGACGAAUGAAGUUACCUUUAAUGAAGUGACCAUGAAUGAAGUGACCAUGAAUGAAGUGACCAUGAAUGAAGUGACAAUGAAUGAAGUGACCAUGAAUGACGUGACGACAAUGAAGUUACCUUUAAUGAAGUGACCACGAAUGAAGUGACCAUGAAUGAAGUUACCUUUAAUGAAGUGACCAUGAAUGAAGUAACCAUGAAUGAAGUGACCAUCAAUGAAGUGACCAUGAAUGAAGUGACCAUGAAUGACGUGACCAUGAAUGAUGUGACCAUGAAUGAAGUGACCAUGAAUGACGUGACCAUGAAUGAAGUGAGCAUGAAUGAAGUGACCAUGAAUGAAGUGACCAUGAAUGACGUGACCAUGAAUGAAGUGACCAUGAAUGACGUGACCACGAAUAACGUGACCACGAAUGAAGCUACCUUUAAUGAAGUGGCCAUGGAUGAAGUGACCAUGAAUGACAUGACCAUGAAUGAAGUGAGCAUGAAUGAAGUGACCAUGAAUGAAGUGACCAUGAAUGACGUGACCAUGAAUGAAGUGACCAUAAAUGACGUGACCACGAAUAACGUGACCACGAAUGAAGCUACCUUUAAUGAAGUGGCCAUGGAUGAAGUGACCAUGAAUGACAUGACCAUGAAUGAAGUGAGCAUGAAUGAAGUGAGCAUGAAUGAAGUGACCAUGAAUGAAGUGAUCAUGAAUGAAGUGGCCAUGAAUGAAGUGACCAUGAAUGACGCGACCAUGAAUGAAGUGACCACGAAUGACGUGACCAUGAAUGAAGGGACCAUAAAUGACGUGACCAUGAAUGAAGUGACCAUGAAUGACGUGACCAUGAAUGACGUGACCAUGAAUGACGUGACCAUGAAUGACGUGACCAUGAAUGAAGUGACCAUGAAUGACGUGACCAUGAAUGAAGUGAGCAUGAAUGAAGUGACCAUGAAUGAAGUGACCAUGAAUGACGUGACCAUGAAUGAAGUGACCAUGAAUGACGUGACCACGAAUAACGUGACCACGAAUGAAGCUACCUUUAAUGAAGUGGCCAUGGAUGAAGUGACCAUGAAUGACAUGACCAUGAAUGACAUGACCAUGAAUGAAGUGAGCAUGAAUGAAGUGAACAUGAAUGAAGUGACCAUUAAUUAAGUGACCAUGAAUGAAGUGACUAUGAAUGAAGUGACCAUGAAUGAAGUGACAAUAAAUGACGCGACCAUGAAUGAAGUGACCACGAAUGACGUGACCAUGAAUGAAGUGACCAUGAAUGACGUGACCAUGAAUGACGUGACCAUGAAUGACGUGACCAUGAAUGACGUGACCAUGAAUGACGUGACCAUGAAUGUAGUUACCUUUAAUGAAGUGACCAUGAAUAGAGCGAUCAUGAAUAAAGUGAUUCGUUCCCUAGAUUUACUAAUUAAUUUUCCCCACCAUCAUUUUCUUCUAUUAUUUUCCCAUCUAAUAAUUUAUUCGCCAACAUUCUUUAAAAAACUAAUAUUAUUUUCAAGAAUAACUCCUUGAUUUGCAUGGAGCCGAACAGAAGCAGGCGAUGAGACGUCCGACCGGAAAGGGAAAUAACUGCUGGGAACGUCAGCUAAACUCGGUCUCAUUGCUCAUUUCUGCCGGAUCCAAAAAUAACGGACAUAUAGCUUCUUACACAAUAUUAAAAGUGUACAUUAUUUAUAGAAUAUUAUCCAAAAAAAAAUGACCUCUAAAGUCUAAAGGAAUUUGUGAGAUUUAAACUAGUUAUUGACUAAAAUAUUCGCUUUAAAAUUUUCAAUCAACUGUUAGAUGUAAGAGUCAUGCUUAUCUUAGCAUCUCUGGUGACUCUGACCUUUUCAGGAAUUUGUGACCGGUAGUUUUCUGAGACUUUCAUGACUCGUACAAAAAUGUCAAAUACAUAGAAAGCCUGUCUAUAAGUACGAAUCUUGUAACCGCCAAACCCUAGAUCGCAGUUUGUGUGUGUGUGUGUGUUGACAUAAGUUGAUCCAUUAAGCAAGACAUUACAUUACAGCCAUGACUCAUGUGCUCAGCUCCCAGUAACUAACUUCUCUCUGUGUGUGUGGGGGUCCAAGUUACUUUAUCCCUCUGUCAGCGCUCAAUUUUUUAAUCGACUCCAGCAGGCAUUCCGUGAUCCGGUCACCGUAAGGCAAUAGUCAAUACGCACACGAGAAGCCGCGGAUCAGUGCGCCGAGCGUUGAUCGAGGGCCUGAAGUUUUAUCACGAGUACACGACUGGGAAACGCCGGCCUCACGCACCACUAAAAAGAAAACAUCAUGGUACCAAACAUCUGGUGAUUUUUAUUUUAGAGUUCCUUGUGACGUGCUAGUGUGUUAGGAGUCUUGAAGGGGGCAGGGGGGGGGGGGGUGAGGGGGUAGGGGAGGGGGGGGCUGAGGGGUCUGGGGGAGGCGGGGGGGGGGGGGGGGGGGGGGGAAGGGCUAGGGGAUGAGGAGGCUGAAGGGUCUGAGGGAGGCAGGGGGCUGAGGGGGUGCAAGAGUGAAGAACCGACAGAAUUGAUCCCGAUUAAGUAAGAGGAGAACUUGGCGAGAAUUGAUGUUACCUGACACAAUCUAAAACCACAAUCUCCUACAAAUAUACUGGUUUAUUCGAUUACCAGCGACGCCCACGGGUGUUUAUAAGUAUGUAUUUUGUCUACAUAUCGAUAGAUUUAUUGAUUAUCGGCGGUUGCGCUAUUGAUUAAAUAGUAAUGAUUAAAUUCAAUUUCAAGAAAUGGCUGUAAAUAAAUGACAGUAUAUUCCUUUCAUGAUGCCAAUAUUUGAUUUCGAACAUUUAUUUAGCUUGACUUCAGCGAGAAUCAAAUACAGCAGGUAUUACAGAGAGUUAGCAACUAAAUGAGAGCAUGACAUUCACUCAUUGACACCGCGUUACGCCAGGGUUCCAUAGGUUUGUAUCAUUUUGUUGGUCAUACUUACCCUUGCGCGCGUCUUGGUAGAAUAAACUAUAGCCGUAAUCUACACAUUUGUUGAGCCAUCGUAGUCAUCUCUAUUGAAGUGAGAGGAGACGGAACGUGGAUUAUUUUGAGCAAUGUUACGUAAGUGUUCACUGAACCUGUCGUUGCCCGGUGUCUCCGAUAUAACCUUUUAGGCCUCGUUUACAUUAAGUAGAUAAAACAUCAGAUAAAACAUAAUAUGUGAACGAGACUAAAAGAAUUUGACUUCUAGUGUGCUACACCAGGGAAUGACGCAAGUAAGCCAAACACAGGUGCCAUCUAGGAUUAAGCCAAACACAGGCGCCAUCUAGCCUUAAGUCAAACACAGGUGCCAUCUAGCCUUAAGCCAAACGCAGGCGCCAUCUGACCUUAAGUCAAACACAGGCGCCAACUAGGCUGCAUUCUGUACCAACCUGCUGUUUGAGUUUUGUACAUUAAGGUGCUUAAAGUUCUGAAACACGUAUUUUCCAAUGUCAUAAAUUGUAACAGCUGUAAAAUAUUACAUUUACUUUGAAAGGUCUACAUUUGCAAUGUUUAAGGUCUGAUCCCCCCUCCCCCCUCCCCCUUUUUUUGUUGUUGUUGUGCAAACACAUUUUCUUUUCACCCACGACCACCUCAACACUUUAGGAAAAUAAAUGGGAAAACACGCAGAUCAGAGAAAACAUGUGUAGACAUAGUUAUAUUACCAGUCUAUAGACAGACGCAAACAAACAAACCAACCAACAAACAAACAAACACACACACACACACACACACACACACACAGACACGUAUCUGAUUUCAUGAAACUUCCUCCCCAAAUUGAAUAGCGUUAUUGUUUUGUAAUUAUGACAGCAAUGCGCUAAAAGACCGUCAUACAAUUUUGUUUGAACGCAUUUACCGAAACACUCUACAAUAAUUUUUCAUAAUUACAACCUAAUUCAAUUAAUUUAAUUCUAUGCCUAUGUACUGAUAAUUAUUAGUCAAUUUACCCGUUCCACUACCUCCUCCCCCACAUUUUUGUGUGGCGCCAGUGAGAACAUUGCAAUGUGUGGGACCCCCAAACAAUAGAAUUGUAUUAGUUUGAAUCAUUUUGUUUUUGAAAUGUGUACGUAUAACUUUGUAAUUUCAACACUGUGAUUGAACAGUGAUUUUGAAAAAAAGUUCUUUGUAAUGACAAUAUCACGACAAAUGACGUAAUCAACGAUUUAGGACAGACCGGCACAACUCAAAAUGUAAGGCCGUAAUACUUUAUGAAAGCUUGUGCGGGCCAAAAGAAAAUACGAUGGGACUUGUGCGGGCCAAAAGAAAAUAGGACAGGGGGGAAAGCUAUUAAGAAAAUAAUAAGAAUAAAGAAUAUUUCGUUAUUUCGCGGGCCGCAAAAUGGGUGCUGCGCCACAUGCGGCCCGUGGGCCAUAUGUUGUGCAGACCUGAUUUAGAGCAUAGGAAAUGAGCAUUUUGUAAACGCUAAGAAAUUCAAAGACUAAAACACUGCCAUGGGAAGGGCAAGUGAAUGUAGGGACUCACUGUAUAUGGCUGGCUUCUACAGUUGGUCUUGUACACGGCUGUGCUAUUUAGUUGGUCCUGCACACGUGUGUCCUGUACAUCAAUGUCUUAAUACACGACUCCCUCUCUCAUCGUGUGGCACGGGCUUGCCCGGUGCGGUAUCGACUACGAAAGCCAUAAACUCAUCCCGCCGCAGACUUUGUGAUUUGGCACCAAUAUUUUAAUCCACUCUGAGAGGUUCACAUUUGUUGCCACAUGAAAUGUUUACAUUUGUCACCGCACGAAGGGUGCACAUUUGUUUCAAUGAAUGAGCUCCUCUGAUCGAGCCGGGAUGACAUCAGAGUUUAGUGCAAGGACUAUGUUUUAACGAAAUAUUUAUGUUACAAUGUCAAGGGAGGAAAACUGGCAGUCAGCUGUUAUAUUUAUUGAAUCUUUGUUUUUAGAAGCUCUCUGCGUCUUUUUCCUUAUAAUUAUUAUUUGUCCAUUAGUGAUUUUAAAUAUUGAUAUAUCAAAGACUUUGUGACAACCUCAAAAUCCGAAAUAAUAAUAGUUACUUUAGGAUGUAUGUAUCCCGUUUAACACACUGUGUUACCGGAUGUUACCAAAAAAAAAAUAAUUAAAAAACCAGACGGAGUUUUGAAAUACAUUUCGGCCAAGUAGUGGACAUUUCGGCCAAGUAGUGGACAUUUCGGCCAAGUAGUGGACAUUUCGGCCAAGGAGCCUUCGACAGAAAACAAUACAGAGACGGACAAACUGAGCUUGUAUACAUAUUUAGUUAACAGGGAAUGGAAGACAUAUUCAAUCACGUAAAUCAAAGAAUUUGAAAAUGAGAUUAACAGGAAAUGUAAAAGUUUAAAAUUAAAUGAAACAAGAGGGAAAUUAAAGGUUACUAUAAAACAGGUAGGUCUGGGUAGAUGAGGUUAGUAAGGAUGGUGGAUAUGAGGCAAAUAUUAUUGAAUGAACACAAAUGGGCUCUUGCCUUACCUACAUAUAUUUGGAAAAUGGCUGGUCGACUGCUCCAGGAUCAAACAGAAACUUGUCCAUCUCUACCCUAGUCAGCGAUGAGGCCAUAACAGGCAGUCCCGGCUCAUAAAAGCAAGCACAAAAAACAUAAACAACUCAUUCCUGCCAAAGACACUAAGGGACUGGUACAAGCUUAAUAAAGGAAAAGUUGAGGCGACAACACUUGCAUUAUUUGUGUCUAUUGCCUACCCCCAGUUCCUGAUACCCUUGCUGUGUAGCCCUUGCAACCAGUGAAAUAUCCUCUUCAACACCAGGCACAAACACAUUUCGAAACGCAUCCACAUCCACAUGAGAUAGAAUGACCAAUACAUUGAUCAUGGGCGCUUAGUUUAUAGAGGAAGAAGAACUCUAGGCAAACACAAAGAGAGAACAAAUUAUCAGAAUGUUAAGUUUUUACUUCUUGUAUGGUUCAGAAAGAUGACACUCGGUAAGAAAGUGGCGAUUAGUAAAGAAAGAUUACGGUCAGUAAAGAAAUAUUGGGGUAAGUAAAGAAGGACUGGAAAAGACAUCAAACUUUUAUUAGAGACCGACCGAAUUUCGGCCUCAGUUUCGGCGCCGAAAGUGGCCAUUUUAUCACUUUCGGCUUAAUUUCGGUUUCGGCCGAAACUGAAAGUUAACUUUCGGCUUAAUUUCGGUUUCGGCCGAAAGAGAAAAGUUAACUUUCGUUUUUAACUUUCGGUAGGCAAUAGACACAAAUGUUGCAAGUGUUGUCGCCUCAAAUGACUUAACUUUCAGCCAUCUGGCCGAAAGUGACUGAGGUUUUCGGUCAUCUAAUUCUCAGCAAAAGAGAUAUGUAACAACAAACUAAGCGAUAUUUAAGAACAAACUAAACGAUCUUUAAAAACAAAUUAAGCGAUCUUUAAAAACUAACUAAGCGAUCUUUGGGAACAAACUAAACAAUAUUUAACAACAAACUAAGCGACAUUUAAGAACAAACUAAACGAUCUUUAAAAGAACCUAAACGAUCUUAAAGAACAAACUAAGCGAUUUUUAAGAAUGAACUAAAUGAUCUUUAAGAACAAAACGAAUGAUCUUUAAUAGUAAACUAAUUGAUUUGUAAGAAUAAACUAAGCGAUCUUUUACAGAAAACUAAAUGUUCUUUAGGAACUAACUAAAAGAUCUUUAAGAACAAACUAAUCGAUCUUAAGAAAAAAAAUCGAUUAUCUAUAAGAACAAACUAAACGAUAUUUAUGAAAAAAGUAAGCGAUUUUUAAUAACAAACAGAAAGAUCUAUACAAACAAACUAAAUGAUCUUUAAUAACAACUGACUGAUCUUUAAGAACAACCAAUUGACAUUUAAGAACAAAAUCAAUGAUCUUUAAGAGCAAAUUAAACUAUCUUUUAAUAUCACAAACUAAGCGAUCUUUAAGAAAAAACUUAGCGAUCUUAAAAAACAAAAUAAAUGAUCUUUAACAACAAACUAAGCGAUCUUUAUGAACAAACUAACCGAUCUUUAAGAACAAAUAAAACGAUCAUUAACAAAAAACUGAGCGAUCUUUAACAACAAACUAAGCGAUCUUUAUGAAUAAACUAACCGAUCUUUAAGAACAAAUAAAACGAUCAUUAACAAAAAACUGAGCGAUCUUUAACAACAAACUAAGCGAUCUUUAACAAUAAACUAAGCGAUCUUUAAGAACAAACUAAACGAUCUUUAACAACAAGAUGUUAUAUUAGAUGUUUAUUUAUUAAUAUUCACGAUUAUCUCAUUUUUAAUAAAAAGAAUGUAAAUAUUUAUACUUUCCUCCCAUCAUUUUCCAUAUAUGCAGAAUGUAUGCGGGAACGAAUUUCAAAAUAUCUAAAUAUUUCAUUUUCGGUUUCGGCUGAAAGUCAUUUUUAACUUUCGGCCUUUUUUCUGUUUCGGCCGAAAGUCAUUUUUAAACUUUAGGCCUAUUUUUCGGUUUCGGCCGAAAGUCAUUUUAAACUUUCGGCCUAUUUUCGGCUUCGGCCGAAAUCAGAAAAUCACUUUCGGUCGGUCUCUAACUUUCAUGAAUAGUUAACCGCAUGGGGAACCUAAACAUCAGGAGGUUCAACAAAAAAAUAAUAAUAAGGAACUUCACGGUAUUUAGUCAUACAAUGUAAGGAGGUGGAUAGAUAGAUAGAUAGAUAGAUAAAUAUAUAGAUAGACAGAUAGAUAGAUGAUAAGAAGAUAGAUAAUAGAUAGAUAGAGAGACAGAUACACAGAGUUAACAAGUGAAAAUGGAAUAUGACAAUCAUUGAUUCAUACGACGUAAUGUCAUGGUGCCAUAAAUGUGUAUCUGUUAGUCUUCCACACUUACCCUUGCAUGCGUGUUAGCAGAAGAUACAACAACCGUAAUGGAAAAAUCUGUUGAGACAUCGCUCGUCUUGAACAAUGUUACGUAGGUGUACACUGAGCCUAUCAGCCAGUCGUUGUCCAGUCCCUCCCACAUAUCAUUCCAAGCAUCGUUUGCAUACUUUUUGUAAACAGUAUUACAGCUGAUACAAGGGAACCCAUCUUUUCAUUCGACAAGAACCCAUUGGGAAGCCACUUUGCCGAGUUUGAAUAAUGUAAGAGUUCAACCACAUUGAUGGCUUCAACCACAUCGCUAGCUUCAACGACAUCGCUUAGUUACAGAAUUGGAGGGGUGGGUUUGGAGGUGGCUAUGAAACAGAAGGUCAAGUAAAUUCCUAUCGCGUCUAAAGACCACGAGAGGGAGUGAUGAUAAAAUGUUGUAUGACUCAGGGAUAGCUACAAUAAUAUCACGAUUGGCUUUCGAAAUGAGCCCGGAACCCAAGUGUAGUAGAAAGAGAUGUAGAGACUGUAGAGACAUUGGAAAGCGACCUUAAGAAAAAACAAUUACAUGCAAAUAAUGAUUUAGCCUUAUCCUAAGAGACCUACCAAUAAGUCAUUAAUUAGUCAUUCCCAAACGCUCUGAGACCUACCAUAAUCUUUCUGCGUAUCAUUGCUGAAGUCACGUGGGGCACCCAUAAAUACGCAGAAAGAUUAUGGUAGGUCCCCCCCCCUGCAGUGUAAACAAAACCAGAACGAGGCAGAGCUCGCGCAGUCAUAACGAGGCUGGCAGGAAUUAUGUAUUAUGCGGCCGAAGGGUUUAGUUUCUUGGUUCCAUAAAAGGGGGGACAACCCCACCGGGGAAAAGGGAUUGCUGGAAUGGCGACGGAUUUAUAAGAACAAGGGACAUGAUUAAGGUCAUUAAUUACUCUCGCAGACGGGCAAACCCCGAGAUGUGUCGAGACUUAGAAGAAAAGAGAUUAAAAAAAACCAAAACAAACAAAGACCUUCAAAGAUGUUACAAAACUGAAUGAGUAUCGUGUGUGGUAUGCUUAACGUGAAUCUUCCUGAAUUAUACUAUUUAAUAAUUUAAAAAAAAUCUAAUCAAUAAGCAAAGAUACGCAGUUAAAAGAGAGGAUCUGAAAGUUUGAACUGCUGGACUAUUAUUGCCUUUAUAGGCUCAGCAGGCACCAAUGUUAUCAAAUUGACGUAUCAUUUUACAACGUUAUUUUGGCGAUAAUAAAUGUAACGAUAGCAGCUACACAUUAUUUACAGACCCGUUGAAGAAAUCGCAGUAUUUAACAAUUUUUUUAAACGGCUGAUAUUAUCGUCCGUCGCAUGGAAGAUGACCAAAAUUUUGACUUGACUUGAGGUGUAGUUUGUUUACAGUGAGAGUUGUUCAAUUCGUCAGCCUCACUCUCUCGUCCAUGGCUAUUUGAUCCAAUGACAAAACUUAGUUAAGACGACUGGAAACAGCGGUAGAAUGAGGUUCGGGAAGGUAUGGACAAUUCGUUGAUGCUUGCAGACAGUUACUCACUUUGUCCAAUGUUUUUAUAUGUGCAUUAUAGCGGGUAAAUGCGUUUUUUUUCUCGUCCCACCACUCAAAAUGUAAUGUCUUCUAGGCAAUACAACCGAACAUGUUGUCUUCCUGGCUAAACAACACAUAUACUGUCUUCCUGGCCAAACAACACAUCUAAUGUCUUCCUGGCCAAACAACACAUAUAAUGUAUUCCUGGCCAAACAACACAUCUAAUGUCUUCCUGGCCAAACAACACAUCUAGUGUCUUCCUGGCCAUACAACACAACAUCUAAUGUCUUCUUGGCCAUACAACACAACCUCUAAAGUCUAAAAGACAAUCUAAUCCAUGCUAGAAAUGUGUUUUCUCUAAGAAAUGUCGACGGAAGAUGGAUGUUUCUGGAUUAAGUCUGUAAAAACGUGUACAUGGACAAGUUGAUGGACGAGAGAUGAAUGACUUUUUAAUGAUAGACAAUAAGAACACUGGAGGUACUUGUCCGUUUGGUUAAAAAAAAAACCUUAUUGUUUAUUAUAACUCUGACGUUUAAAAAAAACAUGAGCAAAUAUUGCUUUAAAAACAACAACAAACUAAUGGCUCUUAAUUCUCAGGAAAUAUUAUGAAUUAGAUUUAUAGGUAAUAAGAAAAUGUCCAUAAUACUGCAUACAUAAUUUUAAAAUUCCCACAAAGCUACAUAUAAAAUACAAUAAAUGCCACAAAGCUACAUACAUAAUUAUAUAAUUCACAUAAAGCUGCAUAAAUAACUUUAUAAGCCCGUGUUGUGACCUAGUUUUUUUUUUUACCACACGCGUGGCAUUCAACCCCCCACCCCAACACUUUUUUUCUGUUUUGAUAUUGACGUCAUCGAUUAAAUAUGUCAUGGUCCACCAUUACCCACCCCUCUCUUGACUGGGAAAACGUUGCGUACGUUCUAACUGAUUCUAAAGAAUGCUAUCCGGCAAUUUCUAUUGUUAAUAUAACUUGCUUUUGUAUCGUUUUUUUUGUUUGUAUAUUGGUUUUCGGGUGUUUUUUUAAUGUUAUUGUGCAUCUAAUGAGCCAAAUCUUAACACAGAUUGUUUGCAAAACCAAGUUACGUAACAAUAAUACAAUAACUCCCAUAAAGUUACAUACAUAAUACGAUGCUACGAUUCUUCCCAUAAAAUGAAAUAUGGAGUACGAUUAUUCCCUAAAAACUAAACAUGGAGCACUAUAAUUCCCAUAAAACUAAAUAUGGAGUACUAUGAUGACCAUAAAGCUGCUGCGUACAAUUUCGUCCGCUGUAAAUCUGGCGAAAAAUGAACGAGACGCCGUGACGUAAUGUUUUUGCUUUCUUAAAUUUCAUGGUGUUCCGUUUUAAGGAAUCUGUAUUGAGUGACAGAAACUGACUGAAUGGAAUGCAUUCAUGCACCGUAUGAGUAGGACAGGAUAUAAAACUGUUUUUUCUUCUAUUGUUUGAAAUAAUAAAACCUUUUCUGAAGUAUUGUAAAAGUGUUUUAUUGCUGAAGUUUUAUUACUUCUUUAUUGGCCAGGCUUUUAGCCGAAUUUCAGCCGAAUAUUUCGUAAUCAGCCGAAAAUCAGCCGCAAAGGUCAAUUUACGGAGAAAUCCGGCUAAUCCGGAUAUCAGCCAAAACAUUAUGUCAGCCAGCCGAAAAUUAAAAAAAAAGUUGGCUGGCAGGUCUAGCUUAGACUAAAGACAAUUUAUAAUUUGUCCUUAGAAGUUAACAUAUCGCACAUACUCUUUGGAAAUUUACCAUUUUCCCGAAAAUUUAGGCAUGUUACUUAUCAACCAUCGUGCAGUACAUUACCAUUGUGCAGUACAUUACCACGGCGUAGUACGUUUCCACGGUGCAUUACGUAAACAGUUUGCCUCAAUGUUUGAGGGAAAUUUAAAAUGAUAAAAAAUCAUAUAAGAACCAUAUAAAGACUUUUUUCUUUAAAUAGAUUUUAGGACACCAGAGCGUUGUAAGCAUGCUAUAAUAGCAUGGGGACUCGCGCUAUAAAAGUACUCAAUCAUCACCACCAUCUCCUCAGUGCAGAACACUUAGUCAAUUCACAUAUUGUUCAUAUUCUUUGGCAUUUUAUUUACUGCCCUGGCAUAUUAAUUAAAAUGCCCCAACGUGUCCCCAGUGGAAAUACAAGUAUAUGAACCACAAUGUUCAAGAACCUUCAAAUUGUAAGACUUUAUCCCUUGAAACUGAGGCACAGUUCUACUACAAGAAGUGAAGGAGACCGUUUCUUUGUUCUGAAAUAUAGAUAGCUGAACGACCCUGACACCGGGCUGGACUUUAAACAGAUUACGCUAACGAAAUAAAAAAAAAAAAAGGUCAAGCGAUCACUUAUAAUUAAUCGUAAUGGACAGCUCGAAUAAGUUACCACCUGGAGAUUGGUCUGGCCAGGUCACCACCCUGGCACACACCCCUCCCCCACGAAGUGGAACGCAGUUCGAUAACGAAUUAGGUUACCAGCUCAUCUGUUUUCGAAUUAAUUUGUAUUUCCAUGGAAAGUUAGUCCGCGAGUAAUUUAUACAUGAAAAGCCACGAAUCUAACACCUGAUUAAGGGAAGUAACCAAAACAAGUACAAUGAAGAGAAGGGAAAAAAAUGAAUUCCGUUCCUUGAGGGGCGAAAUACAGGGGCGUUUCCCUUCAUCCAAUUUCCACAGAUGUUGACCAAACACUCGGAGUUCUCCACAAGUCAAUCGUCAUAGUUGUGUUAACUAAAUUCGUGUCGAUCAAGUCAUCCGAAAAGUUAAUCUCCCCGACUUAAGUAAGCUGUUGAUCCAUUCACGUGACGUCAAGUGUUUAAGAUUAUCUUGAUGAACAUUCUACCUCCUCACUUACAACUACCCCUCCCCCCCCUAUUUCCCUCGGGACACGCCGCUGUAAAUUAGACGAAGCAGACAAAACUACGAGUGAAAUUGGUAGAGGCGGUUACCGUGGCACGAGCCAGACAGGGAAUGUAGAUGAGUAGAUGUUGAAAUACGACAAGCAAAUAAUUACUUCUCUGGCUCUCUUCGUCCUUUUUAUCAUGGGGUGGGGCCUGGGUCUCUUUGUCCUCUUUAUCGUGGGGGAAAGGGGUGGUGGUGGCUGACGCUCUUCGGCCCCCCCCACUUCUGCUGUGGGGCUGGCCCCCUUUGUGCCACUAAUACUUCAGGUGAUGACCCCCUCAUCACUCUCAUACUGAUGGAGGUGGCUCUCCCUCUCUCUUAUACUGACUGGGUGGGCUUGCUCUCUUCCCCCCUCUUUUACUGGGUGGGCUUGCUCUUCUUCUCUCUUAUACUUCGUGUGCUGGCUCUCUUCCUUUCUCCUAUACUUCGUGUACUGGCUCUCUUCUUCCCUCUUAUACUAGCUGGCUCUCUUCUUCCCUCUUAUACUGGCUGGCUCUCUUCUUCCCUCUUAUACUGGCUGGCUCUCUUCUUCCCUCUUAUACUGGCUGGCUCCCUUCUUCCCUCUUAUACUGGCUGGCUCUCUUCUUCCCUCUUAUACUGGCUGGCUCUCUUCUUCCCUCUUAUACGUGCUGACUUUCUUCGUCCCAUGCACUGAAUGGCGCCGACUGCUCUUCUUCCCUACGAUACCAAGGUGGAGGCUUGCUCACUCCGCCCCUGUUUCACUAAGUGAGGAACGUGAUCUCAUAAGCCCUCCUCUAUCUUGAAGGCUGGCCCUCUACACGCCACUAACAUACUGUUUGGCGUGUGCUUCAUUUGUUCCUCUAUUCGGAUGUGUCCUUUAAAAGAACAUAUCUGAUGUUUCACGUCUUACCAAGUAAUGUAAGACUUCUAAUUAAAAGUUUAUUAUAUUAAGCUUUUUUGUGUUCUUAAAAAAAUAUUCCUAUUUCUAGUUACUACACUCUGCUUGAGUCCAUCCUUUAACUUCUAAAAAUAGACACACAAAUAAAAGAUCACCAAUGAACUUGUCUCUCUUUUCAGUUCCCUCCCAGAUCGUCGACCACACCAAAAGCGACAUCAGAGUUCGAGAAGGCGACACCGUGACCCUCGUCUGUAACGUGACCGGCACCCCCCAGCCGACGGUCACGUGGUACAGGCUGUCCACCGGCGGCAAGGGCAGUGAGAAACAGAGUGAGUUGUGCCCGGGCGCCGAUAGUAAGAAAAGACCUCCUCAUGUCUUGGCUGUCUGCUAGUCUCCCGUACAUCUCUUGUACAUCUUCCGUGCACACCGUUGUACCACUGCACGAGUUCUCCCACUAUUGGAACGGUUCUGAAACAUUUAAAUUUCGUCCCUUUAGUUCAAGUAAUAUUUUACCAAAUAAUUUAAGCACGAAAACAGUAAAUUCUUCGCAGUUAAUUAAAAUUCAAUACCUGUUAUACUGAGCUAAUUUUAUCGGGAAUUAAAAUUGAACUUUGUAGCUUGACAAAAUGAAAAAAAAAAAAAAUCAAAUUUGAGAUGUUGAUUUAUCAAGAAGCGGUGUUUAAUAGUCUCCAGUACUUCAGAAUCGCUGCAUGACCCAAUGUUGGAGGAGCAUGAAAGACGUUCGAACCAAUACAACAAUGAUAAAAAUACAAGUGUACCUAUGUAAGUGUACCUUGGUGCCUCUCAUUACUACCUGACAUCUUAGAAACAAGGGAUACAUGUAUUAAUAGAAAAGGGUAUAAACUAACAAAGGAAAAUGGAAAUUAUUAACGAUAAAAACAUUAAUUAGUCGAAAACAGGUGUAGUCGUAGCAUUCACAUGAAUGCGAUCGUUUAAAUCGAUUAUAUUUAAAAGGAAAUCACAUGAUCAGAAAUACUUAUAUUUUUAUGAAGAGUAAGUACAGAAUGAGACACAUUUUGCAGCUUAGGAACUCCGGCAGAGUCACACGUUGGGUUGCCUUUGUCUAAGGUGCAUGGCUCCGGUGGUCACGUGACCAUAGCAGUGAAAGGGAUUAUACGUUGGGCAAUUGUUAAUGGAAAUGGAUCUCUCCACGGAAAAAAUGUGUUCAUGUUCGAGCAAUAGUUUCACAUACACUUUAGUGAACGUAAAGGUAAUUUAUAAGGGUGACGUCAGGGGUGACAUUGCUUGAAAACAGGUGGAAGAACAACCCACACACAGAGAGAGAGAGAGAGAGACAGAGAGAGAGAGAGAGAGAGAGAGAGAGAGAGAGAUAGAGAGAGAGAGAAAGAGAGACAGAGAGAGAGAGAGAGAUAAAAAGACGGCACCAUGUAACAUGUUUCUGGAAAGGUACUCGUCGACGGAAAGGAAAGGAUCACAGAGCUGCAAGUAAAAUUUACUUUCAUCGGAGAAUAACACAUUCCAAUGAAAAUCUGGAUGCUCGUAAACAAUACCAGGAAAUUCCACAAUAGAUCAUCAUGGUUGGCAUAGCUUGCCAUACAAAGGGUUUUCCAACCUAUAUCUGGUACGAAAAUGCAUCCAUGUCCUUAAACCAUCGGUGAACGGUCGUAUUGCUGGUAUUGAGUUACAUCGAUGUUCCUCGUAGACUUCAUAAGGACGAACACAGAACCUUCUAGUGAACAUGGGCGGGAUUUCCAUUAUCGGAAAACUUACUGGUCGACCAGACUUCCUCAUCCAUUGACACAAUACGCAUUCAUAACAGCAACAUUUCGUAACAGUAGACAGCAUACCUGUGUUACUUAGCACCGAUUUCUUUUAUCUAUCUUGGAUUUGUUCUUCCACCAUUUUUUUCCCCAGCACAAUCCCCUUCACAAUCACGAUUACUCUCUUACGAGCAAAUAUAAAGGUCAGAUAUGAAAAAUUGUUCCUCCGCCGAGAGAUCCAUUUGCAACUACAUCCGCCCAACAUAUCUUUCUACUCACAGACCGAAAACGUUUAUCCAUUUGAACUAAGCACCGUUGACCAACUCGCAACGCGUCCCAGAUGCCGGAGGCUCAGUACCGUUACUUUGUCCGCAGACUGUAUUCGAAAGAACUGAAAGUAGCCAAAUGAUUCCCCGCUGAAUGAGUUAUAAAUUUUGUUUUUUUUUAUUCACACAUGUAGUUUUCUUAAGACAUGCAGGUUCGAUACAUAGACGUACCGUGACAUUGAUCUGUAUCUGAUUCACGGGAUAUUGGUGACGUUCUCUUGUGCAUGACUUUGUUUCUAUCUUAUGGCGUAUCUGUGCUCUAUCUUGAUCUUUUCAUUUUUUCAACUUGGUGAAGUCUGCACAUCUGUUGGCGUUCGUGUGUCUGUUUUCUUUUGUAAAACAUUUUGAAUGUAAUUAAGUAAAGCUGUUCACAAUUUUUUAAAUCGGGUCAAGGUCAAUAUUUUUAAAAACAUUAUGCGCACAUAUCCUUUUCAACUCUUUUUUUUUUUUACAGGAACAAGAAAUCAUUUCAGUGGUUUAACCAAAGCAUAAUAUUACACAUUGAUUAGUUAAUAAUUUAAUGCAAAGAAGAAAUCCAUUUUUUUAUUUUAAAAAAUAAUCCACGAGCGUUUUUUUUUCUUCCGGCUGGACUGUUCAAACCUUUGUGCCUUAACAGUCGGCCAAACCAUUCCUUUUGAGAACCUCUGAUGCAGAAAUAUCCUUUUUUUUUUUUUUGCACAAGAUUAUUUGUUGUUUCGUCCAGUAAACAUGUUUUUUUUAACAUUUAUUCGUGCCCUAUUUGACCGUUAUGUGACACGUUUCUUCGCAUUUUUAAAAAAAACAUUACAGCACUCUACUUUGAUCGCUUUCACACCUUUUUUCAACAUAUGUUUUGUUUGUUUAAAUAUUUUAAAAAAAUUAAAAAAAACCGUUUAUUAUUAUCGACUAAUCUGUUCACCAAAAUAAUUUCUAUUUGUGCCAUUUGAAUGCCAAUUUAUUUCAGAAGCAAAUUAUCAUCUAAUAUAAAAUAUAUAUAUUUGUGUAUGUACAUUAAUCAUAAUGACUGAAUUAGUUGAACUUUUAAAUAUUUGUGUACCUAAUGGAAAAAACAAAACACAACGAACAUAAUGAUAAUAAUUCAAGACAAUAAAACUAAGCUCAGCUGCGUGGUAUAAUUACGAAUUUAUAUAGAGAAAAAUCUGUUUCCAAAAGCUCAAGGGCUCUUAUAAAAAUAAAAAGUGUUUUAAUAGUUCUUGUUUUUUUUUUUUUAAUUACAUUCAGAAAAGGCUUCAGAAAAUUUUGGCACUAACAAUAAAAAAAAGAAAAAAAAAAAAAAAAAAAAAAAAAAAAAAUAAAAAAAAAAAAAAAAAAAAAAAAAAAAAAAAAAAAAAAAAAAUUAUGUUAAAAUUAUUGCAUGAAAAAUAAACUCUAUUCCAAGUUCAAUCUACGGGUUAAUGAUCUAGGUCAGAGUUACAAGAAAAAUGACCUCAGACAUCGAAUACAUCACAGUUAAUCUAAAAUGAAAUGACUAAAUCUAAUACAUUAAAAAAAAAAACUAUUAAAAAUACAAAUAGAUGUCUUCACAAUUUAUAAAUGUAUGUCAGUAUAGUAAAUCAUGAAGACAAAAAACAACAUGACGUUAUUUUGAAGGCGACAGACCUGGGUCUAUCUCAAACAUUGAACUUUUUCUUAUUAUGAACCAAGACCAUCCAUUGCACUUGAUACUGUCUUUUCUUUUCUCCAUGUAAGAGGUAGGAAUUAAUGGGGAGGUUCUCAUAAUACACAAUGUGACCCGCUACUGUGGGGACAGCUACGAGUGUGUGGCAUUCAACAACGUGCCGCCCAUGGCAACGAAGCUGAUCAAGGUUUCAGUGGAAUGUAAGUCUGUCUGUUUAUGGUGCAGUGGUCGACAAGUCACGGUUCACGAGCCGCAUGCGGCUCUUUAACGAACUGAGUGCGGCUCGGUCAGUCGGCCACAAAUCGGUUUAUGACCCCAAAAAACAAUGGUUCUUGACAAGAAAUUUCGCUCUAAAAUGUUUUAAAUCGUCCUGGUCUUGAUUUUUGGCUCUUUUGACUAAUGAGUUUGUCGACCACUGUAUAUUACUGAGAUAUGCUUUUUAUAUGGUCAAUGUUGUAUCAGUUUUCCGUCUGUCGUGCCACUGUCUAAGCACCCGUGUCUAGUUGUCUGAUACAUUCUUUCCGUGUCUGACCGCCUAGUUGCUCCUGAGAUAUACCUCCCCAAUAAGAGGAUCGGCCAAGAGAAGGGCAAAGAGACCAUUCUCGAAUGUUCAGUAACAGCUUUCCCCCACGCCGUUACCAUGUGGAUGAAGGACGGCGUCAAGCUGACCACAUCUCCAAAAUACAGGUAAAACGACCCCGUCAUUGAACAAUGACCACAUAAGGUUCAAUCAAACAACAAAGGGCACAGUUCUAUUAACAAAUAACUAAAGAUAAAUAAACCACAAAACCAAUUAUCACCAGCAGAUACAAACUGGUGCACCAAUAUCAUGUUGCCAGAUGAUAAAAUAUUUAAAAAAAAAAAGAUUUAUAAGUUAAAUUAAUUGUUAUAUUUGAGACCCUCUGAAGAAGCAAGACUUCCUUCAAAAAGUCUGAAUUGACUACGAUUUUAUUUUGAUUGUUUGUAUUACAAUUAACAUGUGCCGAUUUUUUAAAGGGAAACGUUUCAGCUGUUCAUUUUUUUAAAAACUCAACCUUUGAACUCAAGGGUUGAACUCUAUGAUGAUGAGAGGAACAAACUGACUUUGAGUCUGAGAGUAUUCAACAUCAAUGAGACUGACUUCGGAGCCUACACUUGUAUAGCCGAGAACGAACUGGGGAACGAUGAGGAAACCAUGUACCUUUAUGGUAGGCUGACAAGUGUG